UUCUUGCAUAGUUUAUUUAGCUAUAGUUACUUCAUUGAAGUUAAUAUUUGACUGAUGCAUUAUUUGUAUAUUUAGGUCUUCAACCUGAUAUUCUAAUAUUUUUAUCAUCAUUAGACUAUACUACCAUGUUAUGCUGUACAUGUCGCAUGAUAAAAAAUAUUUUGAAUAUGAGAAGAAAUGUUAUACUGCUGGUGUCAGUUCUAGUCAUAGGAAUUUUUGGAACUUUUCAAUUAUUUGAUUACACAAAACUAUGCAAAGUUACAUUGGAUAGUUCCUCACAAAAUAAGAGGCAUAAACACAAUGAUAACAUUGAUUUGGACACAUUGGCUGAACUUAAAAAAAGAUGGAUUCUUGAGUAUGAGGAAGAAAAGAAAAUGAAUGAUAAUAGGAACCUUAUUGAUAGGGCGGAACCACAAAAAGCUGGCGGCAAGCAACCAACAUCUUCCUUAUUUAUUCCAAUACAUUGCCAUAUUAAUGGUGACUAUAAUGUUGAUUGCCUGAGACAGAAAGACACUGAUGAUAUUUAUAUGCCGUGGACUUUUCUUGAAAAAUAUUACGAAGUUUAUGGAAAGCUUAAUCAUUAUGAUGGAUAUGAUCGUUUCGAGUUUUUUCAAAGUUAUAACCAGGUGUUGUAUGAUGUCAACAAAAAAUACAAAUAUGAUGGAGUAUUUCUUACAUUUGAAACAUACAAUGUGGAAAUUAGAGACAGAGUAAAACUUAUUACAGGAAUUGAAGGUGUUCCUUUAUCAACACAAUGGGGCCCACAGGGUUAUUUUUACCCCAUUCAAAUUGCACAGUUUGGGUUGAGCCACUUCAGCAAAAACAUAACUGAGAAACCACCAAGCAAAACUAUAUAUGAAGAUGGUGAAAUGACAGUUCAGGCUAAAUGGGAACCUACCAGAGAACAUUGUAAAGUAGAAAAUAUUGUUAACACUGAACGAAACACAAGAGUGAUAAAGUUUGAUACACCAGAUGGAUUGUCAUACGGAAGUGGAAUUGCUCUUACUCUUGGAAAUACAGUAGACUUUGAGCUUUCAUUCGAUAUUAAAUUCAUCACAAAUGGUUCAUUAUCUGUACUAUUGGAUACAACUGUCAAAAAACAGUAUUACAUUCAUUAUGUUACUGACAGGACUCUGAUAAAGUAUGAUAAGGACUCUAACAUUGUGAUUGGAAUUGGUGAAAGUAUGAACUGGAGACAUAUAUCACGACAUUUAGUAACUGAUUUGAAAAAGGGAGUUGGCAUUACGAAGACAAAAUCUGUGAAGAAAACUAAAAUUGGUAUCAGAAAGGUAGUGAAGUUGAUACUUCGGGGUCAAGGAUAUAUUGAUAAUAUCACAAUAUCAACUUCUGAUCACAUGACUCAUUUUCUGGGUGCAAGUUACUGGUUAUUGGAAAACCAGGAUCAUUCAUCUGGAGGUUGGCCGAUCAUGGUCGAGCGUAAAUUUGAUGGGUUCACAGAUCUUCCUCCUGGUUGGCAUUCCGCUAUGGCCCAAGGUCACGGAUUGUCGACCAUGGUGAGAGCUUUCAAAUAUACCAGAAAUAGCAGCUUUCUGUCAGCUUUGCGAAAAGCACUAAAGCCGUACACAGUUCUAUCUGCGGAAGGUGGGGUAAAAGCUGUUUUUAUGAACAAGUACGUGUGGUAUGAAGAGUACCCCACAACCCCAGGAAGUUUUGUAUUAAAUGGUUUUAUAUAUUCGUUAUUGGGACUUUAUGAUUAUAAAAUGUUGCUGUUUAAAGAAAAAUCUCGUGGUUCCGCUUUAAACAAAGAAGAUGAAAUCUCAUUUGAACUCGUUACAAAACUUUAUAAUGAAGGAAUGACUUCUCUAAAAAACAUGUUGCCUUUAUAUGAUGGAGGCUCUAGGACUUUUUACGACUUGAGACAUUUUCAAUUAAAAUCACAGCCCAAUAUUGCUAGAUGGGAUUAUCAUACGACACAUAUGAGCCAGUUGGCACUUUUAUCUACAAUCGAUGAUGAUCCCAUAUUCAAAAGGUUUUAUGAGUAUUGGCAUAAUUAUCUCAAGGGAAUACCUGCCAAGCAUAAUUGAUUGAUUGUACGCUUUUUGAAAGAGCAGAAAAAUGCUGCGCUGGCAAUUGUCAAAAGCCAAUGCUGGCAAUGAAAGGGAUGAAAUUGAUUGUUAUUCAGAAUAAGAGCCUAAUAUGUCUUCACUAUAUUGUAUUCAAACAUUCCUGCUAUUUAUGGAAUAAGAUUAAUGUAAAAUGUUUUUAGUACAUGGAGGUUGGAGACACUUAUUUAUAAGCUGGCAUCAACUGUGUGACUGAUCGUUUCAAAAAAUCUGUUAAAACACAUCCUUUUCAUAUACCUUUUGAAGUUAAGUUAUGUGAAAUUCAUUACCUCCUAGCUGUGUUACCUACUUCAAGCAUCACCUCUCUCAAUAUUAAGUAGCAAAAAAUAUACAUAAUAAACUGCCACAAAGUUGAUGAAUUUAACUAGCCGCUCGUAAUCAAAGCACUCCAACAACAAUUGGAGUGUGAAAAUAAUUAUCUACAAUUUGCGUCGACAUACCUUUUUCGCUUUGUGCAUGUCAAAACAGCAGCUUCAGUAUUAUUUAGCCAAUUUUUUUAUGAAAUUUUUAUAUUUACAAUUGAACUGUUUCCAUCCACUGAUCACACAUGCAAAACAAUGUGCACCAAAUUGUUAAAAAAAAUAAAAUGGAACAGUACAAUAUG